AACAGUUUAAAUCAUGGAGAAGCACGGACCACCAGAACAUGCUGCUUACCCCAUUCCUCCGGCUGACUACCAAGGGUCCCAGGGUCCCUAUCCAGGACCGCAGGGUCCCUAUCCAGGACCACAGGGUCCCUAUCCAGGGCCCCAGGGUCCCUAUGCAGGGCCCCAAGGUCCCUAUCCAGGGCCCCAACCUGGCUACCCAGUUCCACCAGGCAGUUAUGCAGGUGGUGACCCAAGUGGCUUUCCUGUCCAACAUCAGCCGGCGUAUAAUCACCCAGGUGGACCUGGAGGCACCCCAUGGAUGCAAGCACCACCUCCACCCCUGGACUGUCCGCCUGGGCUGGAAUACUUAACGCAGAUAGAUCAGAUUCUGGUUCAUCAGCAGAUUGAACUUCUGGAAGUCUUAACAGGCUUUGAAACAAAUAACAAAUAUGAAAUCAAGAACAGCCUUGGGCAGAGGGUUUACUUUGCGGUGGAAGAUACUGACUGCUGCACUCGGAACUGCUGUGGGGCGUCUAGACCGUUCACCUUGAGGAUCCUGGAUAAUAUGGGCCGAGAAGUCAUGACUCUGGAGAGACCCCUGAGAUGCAGUAGCUGCUGCUUCCCCUGCUGCCUCCAGGAGAUAGAAAUCCAGGCUCCUCCUGGGGUGCCAGUAGGUUAUGUGAUUCAGACCUGGCACCCAUGUCUGCCAAAGUUCACUCUCCAAAAUGAGAAGAGGCAGGACGUUCUAAAGGUCGUUGGUCCGUGUGUUGUGUGUAGCUGCUGUUCAGACAUUGACUUUGAGCUCAAAUCUCUAGAUGAGGAAUCCGUCGUUGGCAAAAUUUCCAAGCAGUGGUCUGGUUUUGUGAGAGAGGCCUUCACGGAUGCAGAUAACUUUGGGAUCCAGUUCCCUCUGGACCUCGAUGUGAAGAUGAAAGCUGUGAUGCUUGGCGCUUGUUUCCUCAUAGAUUUCAUGUUUUUUGAAAGAACUGGAAAUGAGGAACAAAGGUCAGGAGUAUGGUAGCAGUUUCCCAAGAUUCCUCGGCUGUAAGGACUGCAUGCCGAUGGACGCUGAGAGGAGAUCAAGGAAUCAAAGGAACGCACCGUGGCUUCUUUCCCUUUACUGAAAUAACUUUAUAUCAAUUAACCUGUGAUGGCUGUAGGCCCUUUUGUACAAUUGUGCUCUCAAAUUAGAGUUUAUUUUCUGUAACUCUGUCAUGUAUUUGUUUUUAUACAUUCUUAAGGUUUUCACUGUGAAUUUGUGAAAAAAAAUAUGAAUUUAUCGACAUAGAAAUGAUCUUGUCUAUGAAAAGAGGCUUCGACUUAGUCUUUCAUUCAUUUUCAUUUUUAUGAAAACUUAAAUAUAUUGUAAUUUAAUAUAAAGCUACAUAUUAAAUGUAAUAUAAUUUAUAUGA